AGGCGGCCCGCACCUGCCAGACAUGGAUUUAGAUGCUAUUACAAAACACUCAGCAUUACAUGCCAAGCCCAGUGGACUCAUUCUUCAAUAUGGGACUGCGGGAUUUCGAACAAAAGCAGAACAUCUUGAUCAUGUCAUGUUUCGCAUGGGAUUAUUAGCUGUUCUGCGGUCAAAACAGACAAAAUCUACAAUAGGAGUCAUGGUAACAGCAUCACACAAUCCUGAGGAAGACAAUGGUGUCAAAUUGGUUGAUCCUUUGGGUGAAAUGCUGGCACCUUCCUGGGAGGAACACGCUACCUGUUUGGCAAAUGCUGAGGAGCAAGAUGUGCAGAGAGUGCUGCUGGACAUCAGCGAGAAAGCUGCCGUGGAUCUGCAGCAAGACGCCUUCGUCGUGAUUGGUAGAGAUACCAGGCCCAGCAGUGAGAAACUUUCACAGUCUGUAAUAGAUGGCAUCACUGUUUCAGGAGGUCAAUUCCAUGACUAUGGCUUGCUGACAACACCACAGCUGCACUACAUGGUGUACUGCCGGAAUACCCAGGGCCAGUAUGGAAAGGCAACCACAGAAGGCUACUACCAGAAGCUCUCCAAGGCCUUUGUGGAGCUUACCAAACAGGCUUUCUGCAGUGGUGACGAAUGCCUGUUACUUAAGGUUGACUGUGCAAAUGGCAUAGGGGCCCUGAAGCUGAGAGAAAUGAAAAACUACUUCUCCCAGGGGCUGUCAAUUCAGUUGUUUAACGUUGGGACUACAGGGAAACUUAAUCAUUUAUGUGGGGCUGACUUUGUGAAAAGUCAUCAGAAACCUCCACAAGGAAUAGAAAUGAAACCCAAUGAAAGAUGCUGUUCCUUUGAUGGAGAUGCAGACAGAAUUAUUUAUUACUACUAUGAUGCAGAUGGCCACUUUCAUCUCAUUGAUGGAGACAAGAUAGCAACACUCAUUAGUAGUUUCCUUAAAGAGCUCCUGUUGGAGAUUGGAGAAAGUCUGAAUAUUGGCGUUGUACAAACUGCAUAUGCAAAUGGAAGCUCAACACGGUAUCUUGAAGACGUUAUGAAGGUCCCAGUCUAUUGUACUAAAACUGGUGUAAAACAUUUGCAUCAUAAGGCUCAGGAGUUUGAUAUUGGAAUUUAUUUUGAAGCAAAUGGGCAUGGCACAGUGUUGUUUAGUAAAACUGCUGAAAUGAAGAUAAAACAGCUAGCAGAAGAAUUAGAAGAUAAGAAAAGGAAAGCUGCUAAGAUGCUUGAAAACAUUAUUGAUUUGUUUAACCAGGCAGCCGGUGAUGCUAUUUCUGACAUGCUGGUGAUCGAGGCAAUCUUGGCUCUGAAAGGGCUGACUAUACAACAGUGGGAUGCUCUCUAUACGGAUCUUCCAAACCGACAGCUCAAAGUUAAGGUUGCAGACAGGCAAGUUAUUAGUACCACGGAUGCUGAAAGGAAAGCAGUCACACCCCCAGGACUACAGGAGGCAAUCGACGACCUGGUGAAGAAGUACAAGCUUUCCCGAGCUUUCGUCCGGCCCUCUGGUACAGAAGAUAUAGUCCGAGUAUACGCAGAAGCAGACUCACAAGAAAGUGCAGACAGCCUGGCACAUGAAGUGAGCUUGGCGGUAUUUCAGCUGGCUGGAGGGGUUGGAGAAAGUCCACAACCAGGUUUAUGAAGACAAUUUUUACAUUCUUGAGAGACUGGAUUUUUGAAAGGUUUUUAUAGAACGGUAAAGCCAUUAUUGUGACGGUUCAAACACAUCUAUAACCAUAAUGUUUACUGCACCUUAAUGGAUUGUUUCUAGGUCUGAUUGUUUUUCUUAAACACUACCAGAAUAAUUCCUUACACUCGUUAAAUUCGUUGUUUUUUUUAAAUGAAACUUACCUCUAGUUUCAGUCUCACUAAUGUAAGAUAUUGGGGCUUACAUAUAUGAUUCAAUUAACUUUAUAAUGUAUGCUGGGAAGAAAUCAUGAGGGCUGCUGGAAAAUUAAAUCUUAUUAGCAACAUGUUGGGAUGUCUUUUCUGUAGCCAUUACCUAACCAGGAUGUUGUUUGCAGUCAAUUGUUCUCCAGCAAAGUCUUCAGAGUGAUUUUUAAGUGACUUACCUCUUCAGUUACCAUCGUCAGGAGCUCAGAGGUGGGAUAUGGAGGCUGUAUAUCUCUGUACUGAGGUGGACGUGCUACAUGUAAAGGGAUCAUGUCCCAGGCUUCGGUUAUUCCUUAUUCCUCUUAGUGAAGGUAUGUGGGAGAAAGCUAAUUGUAAUGCAUCACCAAACCUCUGGCACUAAAAUAUGGUUAAUAACAGAAAGAAAAACUCCCCAACCAAUCUAAAUUAAACCAAUCUUGACGCCAAUAGAAAAAAAUGUGCAGUGUGUAUUUUGCAGGUUUAAGAGAACUCAGGACAGUAAAACAAUGAACUAUAUAUGCAUAUAUAGAUCUCUCUUAGGCACCAUAAUCAAUAUGAGCCAACAAUAUUUAUACGUGAUCCAGGCCACAUUCAGACGUUUGCUCUUAUUUACAAAUACUUAAAUUAAAUACAACCUGAAAUGUUUGUUACAU